GGAAGUAGUCACACUUAGUUAGAUCCUCAAUAGAUGAACCCAAAAAGAAAAGAAAAAAAGUGUAACAUGAAGAUAUAACAACCAACUAGCUAUUCAUGAUCUAGUGGUAUUUUCUUCACAAUGUUGGAAGAUCAGCUAACGGAAGUCCAAGAAGCUAAAGGAACAAGCUUCCUGAAAACUUGCUUCAACAUGAUCAAUGCCCUGACAGGACUUGGGCUCAUUACAACCCCUUACGCAGUUUCGAGGACUGGGUGGUCAAGCCUUCCUUUUCUUAUAGCUACUGGAAUUAUAAGUUGCUAUGCUGGGAUCUUACUCACCAAAUGCUUGAACACCGAUGCAUCAAUGAAGACCUAUCCUGAUGUUGGUUUCCAUGCAUUCGGGUCUAAAGGCAGGAUGUUUGUGUCCAUUUUCAUGUAUCUUGAGCUUUACCUAGUCUCAAUAGGAUUCUUGAUAAUGGAAGCUGAUAAUUUAGAAAGGUUUUUCCCACAGGCUGGGAUCAAUCUACGCGGAUAUCACAUAGGGGGAAAACCAUUUUUUACAAUGGUUGUGGGGCUAAUAAUAUUACCUACAAUGUGGUUGAAAAACCUACGAUUGCUUGCCUACGUCUCAAUGUGUGGCUUUCUAUCAGCCAUUAUCAUCGUCGUCUCAAUUGUUUGUGUUGGUAUUGAUGGAGUAGGGUUCUCUAAAAGAGGGAAGAUAUUUGAUUUGACCGGAAUUCCUACCUCUCUUAGUUUGUUUGCAUUUUGUUAUGGAGUUCAUUCCGUUACUCCCAUGGUAUACUCUUCUAUGAGACAUAGAAAUCAUUUCUACAAGAUUUUGUUCAUCGUUUUUCCCCUCUGCACUGUGAACUACAUUAUCCUAGCUGUUCUUGGCUACUUAAUGUUUGGCGAUGAUGUUCAAUCUCAAGUGAUAAUGAACCUGCCUACGAGUAAAGUCAUUUCAAAAAUAGCAAUAUACACCACUUUAGCGAUCCCCAUCGUCAAGUAUGCACUCCUAAUGACACCUUUAGCAAAUGCCAUUGAGAACAGCUUGCCGAAAAAAUGGAAUAACAUGCUCAUUUUCAUGUUCAUAAGAACACUGCUAUUAGUGAGCACAGUUGUAUUGGCCAUAGUUUUUCCAUAUUUUGACACACUGAUGGCACUUGUUGGAGCCAUUCUUUGUGUCACUAUGUCCAUGUUGCUUCCAUGUAUAUGUUACUUGAAGAUAUUCAGAUUAUACCGGAAGUGUAGCGUCGAAGUUGCAAUUAUUGGAUGUAUUAUAGUUAUCGGUGUGGCUGUUGGUGUACUAGGUACAUACACAUCUGUUAAAGAGAGAUUUGGAUGAAGAAUUAUGUUAUCUACCAAUGUCCCUUUCGUGUA